UUUCGAUUUAGAGACGGUCAAUUUUCUCGAAACAAAGGACUUGGAUCUUGGAUAUCUCCAUCAUCUUGCCUGUUUGUGAGUGUGUGUGUUUGUGUGUGUGUUUAAACCCACUGAUAACACUACUGAAAGUGUACAACCUCCUUUUGAUUUGAAAAACAUCCAUUUCCCGGGAUUUGUAGCACAUUUUAUGUUUUGGUGUCAUGUUUCUGUGCUGGGUGCAUGCAGACAUAGCUGUACGCAGAUCUACUGGACUGUAGGAAGUUUACUGUAAAAUGUGUUAAGUGAGAACGCUGGGAAAACAGAAGGAUUAUUGUUCUUUAAUAAUGCAGUGUGUUGUUUCUGUGAGUAAUGCAGGUUUAAGUCUUUGUUUUAUUGUGUUUUGUGCAGCAGUACACAGAGACAGUAGUGGAGACUUAGACUGUGUGUUACAUGGUAAUGUGAUAAUGUUUGAAAUGGGGAAACAAAGCUUUGAAAGUCAGUGGCAGUGAGCCUGUCAUGGUUGGUUCAGUAAAGGGCAAAGUCAGGCGCACAGUCUGAAUGGGGAAUAUGGACUUGCUAUGCCCGUGAUGUUAAUACCGGAAAGUGGAGUGCAAUGCAUCCUGAUUAGUCAAGCAUGGAAAAAGGCGACACUGGCUGAGGCUGAAUUACUAUGUAAGGGGAGUUACAUUUGGAGUGUGUGCAAGUUAGUAACACUGGUUUAAAAACGAGGGAGCCGGUGCUGGAUCAUCGUUCCUAAUGCAAAAGUCUGCUGGUGAUUUAGAAGGCCGUGUAACCUGAAUUAGUUGAUGAAUUUUCUAUCGAUCCUAAACAAGCCAGAUUUAUCUCUGACACUGGCCGGCUGCUGGGUGGCGGCGCAGCAGCCGGCCAGGCCACUCUCCCACUCCCCGGUAUUAGCGAUUUAAGAAGAAAGGAAAAAAAGAGAAAGUUUUGGCAAGCAUGUCCCUACACACACCCAAAUAUAUACACAGAGGGUGGUGCAGGCGCCACUUUAAAUCCCCCCGAGCACUUUCUUUCUGCUGCUUCUUUUUUCUUUUUGAAGUUCCAGCCAUAUGCGUAAUAGGGGGAAGGGGUUCGUUUGCAUAGGGGAGGACUUGUCAUAUUUACUGUACUCUGUUGCUCGUGUGUGCCCUUGCGCGCGCGUUUCUCAGUGCGGCUUUAGCUCGAGCGGAAUGUAUUUUAUUGUCAGACACGCGUUGUUAUUGUUGUGAUUCUCUGCCUGUUUAGGACGGCAUGCGUGCCGACAUGUGGCAUGAGAUAUAUAGAGCAUGGGGCCCGGGGAGGGAGAGGGGAAAGUAUUGUAAAACGGUGAAUGCCCACAAACUGAGGCCAUAUGAUGAUGCGCGUGUGGGGGCCGUGUAUAUACUUAAUCCCAUUUCCUUAUCCGGGGUUCGUCCUGGAGGUGCGCCAUUGGUCGACUGCCGUCACGUGGCUUCUUAACUUUGUUCACUUGACAGAAAAGUAGGAGGGUUCAACGGAACAGGAAUAACCGAAGAGUAAAGGGAUGAGAUAUAAAUUUUAGUUAUAUAUUUUCCGAGUAGGUGCAAUUCCACAAAAAGACUGACAUUAAUGGCCAUGAGCUCCUAUUUGAUCAACUCCAACUAUGUGGACCCGAAGUUCCCCCCGUGCGAGGAAUACUCACAGAGCGACUAUCUGCCCAGCCACUCUCCGGACUAUUACAGCUCCCGGAGGCAGGAGCCUGCUGCCUUCCAGCCGGACUCUCUCUACCACCACCAUCAACAGCAGAACCACCACCCCCGAGCCGAGCCGCCGUACACGCAUUGUCAGCCUCCAGGGCAUCCCGCCUCGGUGGUGAUGUCCCCUCGGGGUCACGUCCUCCCCCCGGCCAGAUUGCAGACCACCCCCGUCCCGGAGCUGAGCCACCGCAGCGACUCGGUGACACCCAGCCCGCCUCCGCCUGCCUCUUGCGGCCAAACGCCCCACAGCCAAAGCACUUCGUCCCCAUCGAGCACUCGGAAGGACCCCGUCGUCUACCCGUGGAUGAAGAAAGUCCAUGUAAACAUCGUGAGUGCAAACUACACAGGGGGUGAGCUAAAGCGCUCUCGGACGGCCUACACGCGCCAGCAGGUUCUGGAGCUCGAGAAGGAGUUCCACUUCAACCGGUACCUGACGCGCAGGCGCAGGGUGGAGAUCGCGCACACGCUCUGCCUGUCAGAGCGACAGAUCAAGAUUUGGUUCCAGAACCGGAGGAUGAAAUGGAAGAAGGACCACAAACUGCCCAACACCAAAGUCCGCUCCGGGACAAACACCAACACAAACUCCCAGGCUCUAACCGGAUCCUAGAACUGCACCGGGCCCCUGUAGCCUUUGGGUCCUUUGGCUCAUUGUCUGAUUGUUGCCCUCCCUGUUCCCAAACUGAACGCCGAAGCGGCAGCCACGCUUGUAACCACGGAGCCUGCACUUUUGACCGGAAUAACGCCUUUGCUCUGGAGGGAGGGAGAGAUGUUAUUGCCGCCUGAUGUUACACACAAUAAUAUGACGUUAUGAUGUGGGAGGGGUGGAGGGGAAGAUUUCCCAUUCAUACAAAAUGAAAUGAACAAAAGUAGGUGAAGGAAACUGAACGAACUGAGAACAUGAUGCGGCCGCUUCUUUUAUUUUAUCCCCUCAGUCUCUGUCUGCCUUGUGCUCCCUGCGUUUUAUAUGUCUGUCUUUUUAUACUCCCCUCUCUCUUCCUCUCUGCGACAGAGCAUCACACGGUAGGCUCAGGAUAAUGUGCGUGUGCUUUCUUUUUUUCCACCCGAGAAUAUUUUUUGGUGAAGAUGGAUCCUCGUUUUCAUCUUUAAUCAUGCCAAACUCGGGCCCCAUUUGUCAUGUUUACUCUGCGGGUACAAAGCAAAGGGGUGAACCGCGGCUCUGCCCAUUACCCCCCUCUGCACCCCUCCCCUCCCCGAACCACUACUCCUCACCCUCCCACCUACUCACACACGCACGUGUAAUAAAAUGGAACUCUCGUUUCGUCAAGAGAAGUAUUCUUACACACACACACACACACACACACACACACACACACACACACACACACACACACACACACACACCCCUCUGCCCGUCCUUAUAGUACUCGAACAUCAAAUGUAACCUCCGGUAUGAUCCAAUAUGACAGAAGACAGUUUCUGUCUUGCUGUUAUAAUUAUAACUGUUGGUAUUUCUGUUUUGUUUAAUGACAAAAAAUAGCUUUUUAAAUUUUAAUUAUAGGUAUCUUUCAAUUCAGUGUUGAUUGUAAAACGAUACUUUAUGCUGUUAUUGCUGAGGACGACAAGCAGCGUUUAUGUGGUCCGUUGAUUGUUCAUGUUGUGAUGUUGUAUACAGGGAAACAGACUGACAGGGUGAUGCAAUUCAAAUAAAGUUAAAUUAAUGCAUUUCCACUACGUACCAAACAGGGUUUCUAAAGCUUCCUAAACAAAGGACACUAAUGUCCAAACCAAAAUCCUGGUACAAAUAGAACACAUUAUAAACGCAGCACUAUACAAUGUACUACCUAUUACCUCAGUUGUACUUAUAUGUUUUUUUAUUUUUUUGGUCAUCUUAUUUUGUCUUGCUCGUUCAAUGAAGUGACAGCUUUUCGAGCUUUUAUAUUUUUGGAAAUUUUUAUUAUAAUAAUUAUUAUUACCUGCAAUACAAACAGCGCUAUUCAUUUCUUGUACGUGGAAAUUAAAAAAUGUAAUUUAAUUAUAAGCGAUUGUUAUAGCCAGGGGCACUCAGAAAAUAAGGAGCCUUUUAUUGCAUGUCUGAAUGGUGUUGCUUUAUUUUUCUGUUUCUUUCUCUUUGUCCUUCCUUUCUCCGCACAUUAAAUGCGCGCACACUUCCUUUCCCUUCUUUUCUUCUCCUUCCCUCUCUGUUCGGUCACCUUGUGCCACGUUUUAGAUAUUUUAUUCUGCAAGUGUUUUUUUUUAUUAAUGUUAUUUUAUUUACAUUCCAAAGAUCCGUUUCUGUCGUUAUUAAUGAUGAUAAUGAUGAUAAUAACAAUGAUGGUAUUGUUGAACAUGUGUUACCUCCUCCGAUAUGUAAGUUGCUCCUUUCUCUGCUUCUGCCUCCUCAGUGUCUACCUUCCUAUUAUUUGUAAAUAGUUCAUAGAAAUUUAAAUAAAUGGCUAAAAAUAUAA